GAUGGAAAAAAAAGUUGGGAGCCGUUGCAAAGACUAAAAUCCCGACGACCAUUUUUGGACUGCACCUGGACCAAAACAAACAAGCUCAAGUUCAACCCCCAGUGACAGCCGCCCCCCACCCCCGUGACCACCGUGCAGGCCCCGAGGGUGCCACACGUCCCCACCAGGCUGUGAGGGAGGAGGCACCUGGCUGGGGGCUGCACCACCACCACCACCACCGGCAGGAGGGGCCAUGAAGCAAGGGGAUGGCAUGGGGCCACUCCACGAUGGCCCCCUUGAAACCAUCACGGUGACGGCACACAGUGACUCGGAAGAGGAAGAGGAGCUGGUCACCAUCACUGCUGAGGCCACACCGCCGCUGCAGCAGCAGUGCUGCAACCAUGUGGUGGUGGAGGCGCUGCCCACCAUACUGGUGACGGACAUCACCAAUGCCAGCCUGUGUGGGGGGGGCACCCCUCCCUGUGUGUCUGGGGUGACCACCACCACUCAUGACAGUAACCCAGGGUUGCCCCACCACUCCACCACCACCACCACCACUGCCACUACCUCCAUCACCACCACCACUACCUCCAUCACCACCACCACUGCCACUACCUCCAUCACCACCACCACCACUACCACCACCAGCCAAUAUGACGCUGUAAUCCCAUCAGUCAAGACUCCUGCCCCUCCACAGUGGCCCCGGCCCCGGCCCCGAGGCACCACACCCACACGACUCACCAUCAAGAAGAGGGUAGUGCCAACCCCUCCUGGCAUUGCGAGGGGCAUUGGAGGGGUGGUGCGCGGAACACAGAGGGGGGAGCACAAGGCCACAGAUGCCCCUUCCUCAGCAUUCUGUGGAGUCAAGACAACCCUACUCCCUGCCCCUGCAGCACAGCCCCGGCAGGGUGUGGGGGGCAGCACAGCCAGUCCCCCCACACUCUGCACCUUCUGUGGGGAUGUCCUGGGUGCUGGGGAUGCCCCCACCAGCCUGUACCUUCAAUCUCCCCUCCCCCACAGCCUGCUGAGUGUCCCCAGCCUCCUGCAGGCCCUGGGUGUGGCUCCAGUGGGUGGCACCAGCCAGGCCACAGUGUGCCAGGAAUGUCAGACACUGCUGCAUGAGGGGGACGAGGCCUACCACCACCUGCUGCAGGUGACGGCCAGCAUGAGGCGGCGCUGGCCAGUGGUGCCGCCAGGGUCAGCGGCGGCUGCCACGACCUGGGGUGGCAGGAAGGUCCGCCCCAUCCUGCCCAAGCCGCUGGUGGCCCCCGAUACUGCUGUGACAUGUGACCUGUGCUGGGCUGUGCCAGGAGACUGGCGGACACAUGCUGCCAUGCACCACCGCCUUGGUCCCCGCUGGAGGAGCUCCAGGCUGCUGGCAGCUCUCAGGGCGUGUCUUGCCGAGGAGCUGAGGUGGGGCAGUGGCCGGCGGGGGGCACGUCGCUGCCCUGCCUGUCCCUACACUGGCCCCCAGCGGAAAGAUUUUGUUGAACACCUGCAGCAGCAUCAUCGUGUGGCAGCAGGUCAUGGCCUGCUGGCACCUCUGGGCAGGGCUGAGGGGCAGGGGCAGGGCAUGGCAGGCCAGCAGCAGGGAGAUGGAGAGGCUGCUGGCUUGGUGGAGGGGCGAGUGGAUGUGCUGAAGGGUGAGAAGGCAGGGUUUGAGGAAGUAUCGGUAGUGAAGGAGGAGGAGGAGGAGGAGGAGGAACCAGUACAAAAUAUAUUAUUAGCCACGGCUGAAGAAGCCAAGGAUGUGGUGACGGUGAAGCAGGCGGAGGACAGGCACUGGGACGGGAGGCUGGACCAGUGUGUGUUGGGGCAGGAUGUAGCGGAGGCGCACGGUGAGGCAGAGGGAGACAGUGUUGAGGAGCAGCAGGAGGCUGGGCACACCCAGGACAUGUGCCUCAGUGGACCGGGGGGUGACGGGGCCCAGGGCCAGAGCCGGGGCAGCCAGUGGAGGUGCCGCGUGUGUGCUGCCACCUUCACCUCCCAGCAAGACCACGACCUGCACAAGGCUGCCUCACACCCUGGCUCGGUGCGGGCAGGUCGGAGCAGGACCAGGCCUGCCCCGGCCCCCAGCCCAUCACAAGGGGGUGCUGCUGCUUCCGCUGGGGACCACCAGAGCCAGGAGUGCCUUCAGGAGGGUGCCAUCGUCAUCAUGGAGGGUGACGGCUGCGGCAGCGUGACCCACCGCCGCUUGGAGCCCCCACAGGGCACGCUGCCCCAGCCUGGGGGUGUCAUAGAGCUGGUGUGUGGGCCUUGUGGGGAGGUGUUUGGGAACAGGCCAGCAUUGGUGCGGCACCAGCGGGCAGCUCACCCUGGGGUGGCGGCUGCAGGGGAUGGGGGCAGUGAGGUGCUGGUGGAGUGCCCGCUGUGUGGCCGCCGCGUGUCUGGCCUCCCUGCCCUGCGCCUCCACCAGGCCCGCGUGCACGGCCGCCCCACACAGCCGCCACAGCAUUACCGCUGCCGCCUCUGCCUGGCCCAGUGCCACACGCGGGCACAGCUGGAGCGACACAUGCGGGAGCGUCACGGCGCCCCACCGCCGCCGCCACCGGUGCGCUGCGACCAGUGUGGCAAGACCUACAGCGCACGGUACAUUGACGUCCACGUGGCCAACAUGCAUGGCGAUGCGGGGCGCUUCCCCUGCACCUUCUGCCCCAUGCGGUUUGGGGUGCGGGCCAGCCUGCGGGCACAUGUGUCCCUGGAGCACGCCAACACCACCUGGGCCUGCCAGGAGUGCUCGCUGCAGUUUGCGAAGUACCACCAGCUGCGGCAGCACCGCCUCUACGUGCACAGCCGCGCCGAGCACCGCUGCCCGGAGUGCCCGCGCUCCUUCAAGCGCCGCUGUGACCUGACGGAGCACGCCAAGCGCCGGCACCGCGAGCGCCCGGCACGGGAAUGUUCCUUCUGCCCCAAGGUGUACAGUGACAGGAAGCGGCUGCGCAUGCACCUCAUGAGGAAGCACGGCGUGGCCUGGGAGGACACCCUCGCCCAGGGCUACGCCUGCCGCCAGCGGGAGAACAAUUGUCUACGGCGCCGGCAGCAGCAGCAACAGCCCCGCAGCCCUCGCCUGCCCCUCCGCCAGCAGCAUCAGGCAGCAGAGGGUGUGGCGGGGGAGGCCGUGGCCGUGUUGGGGGAGGAGCAGCCAGAGUACAGUGUGGUGGAGCUGACCGAGGCGCCGCACCCUCUCACCGACACCAUCAGCUACAUCAUCCUGGAGGAAGCCUAAGACACCACCAUGCCUCCCUCCUCCCUGAUGGCAAGGUGUCCUGCUGGUGUCUGUUCUCCUCAGUGCCCCUUCCGGUGAGGCCGAGGGUUGCCUUGUGCAGUGGGGCUGUUUUGUAACACUUGUGACACUGUGCCUCCCAAGUGUUCCUGCAGCACUGGACUGACACAUGAGUAAAGGUUCAUCACAGAGCUAA